AUGUCAUCGACAUCCGCAGUCGGACCCCGCCGAAAGAUUGUGGGCACGAGCCUGAAGAUGUACUUUGACCUGACCAAAACCCUAACCUAUGCCGCCGACCUCGCAAACAUAUCCUCUCAAGCUGCAAAACACAACAUUGAUCUGUUCAUCAUCCCAGACUUUGUGUCUUUGCUGCCGGUCAAGGAUGCAUUGACAGGCACAGAAGUGAAACUGGGUGCUCAAGAUGCUUUUUGGGAAGAUGCGGGGGCAUAUACUGGAGAGGUUUCUUGCAAGACGUUGAGUCAGGCUGGAGUGAGCAUUGUUGAGUUGGGCCAUGCAGAGCGCAGGCGUCUGUUUGGAGAGACUGAUGCGACUGCUGCGAAGAAAGCUGCUGCGGCGUGUCGGAAUGGCUUGGUUCCUCUUGUGUGUAUCGGCGAAAAGACACAUGGCAAGAUUGCAUCUCAGGCUGUAGGCAUGGCUAUUGAGGAGUGCAGGCCACAAGUCAUGAGUCUCUUGCAAGCCAUCCCGGAUGAUGCUGAGCUCAUCCUUGCUUACGAGCCUGUCUGGGCCAUUGGCGCGAGUGAGCCGGCAGAUCCUGAUCAUGUUGUUGCUGUGACGCAGCAGAUCAGAAAGAUGGCCGAAGGACGCAAAGGUCUGACGAGGAUCUUGUACGGUGGAAGUGCUGGCCCUGGCACAUACGACAGGCUCAGACAGGGCGUUGAUGGAUUGUUCCUCGGACGCUUCGCUCACGACAUCAAGAACCUUGAGCAAGUCAUCAAGGAGAUGAGUGAUUGA